AUGAUUUCGACAAAAGUUACCCGAUCUCAAUGCUGCCCACACGUUCGAGACUUGUUGAACGCAUCAAUUAUUGUCUAUCCAAUUCUUCGUCGAACCAAAUAUUAUCAGCUUCCAUACAUGAAAAAUCCUCAUCUUGUUUGCUUUCAUGAUAAUGAAAUAUUCAUGUGUCUUUGUUCAGAGCAAAGAAAUGCGAACUGUUUUCAUUUCAACUUUAAUAUUCAAUUUAAGACACAACAGUUUGGUCUUUCACUCGAUGCAAUUUUAGGUUAUCAGAUUCGUUCUUCUGUGCCUAUUACUAGACAACCCAUCUAUGUCAAGAUCAGUAUUGCUGUAGCUUCACUUAUGGUAAUGCUACGACGGNUCAACUUUAAUAUUCAAUUUAAGACACAACAGUUUGGUCUUUCACUCGAUGCACUUUUAGAUUAUCAGAUUCGUUCUUCUGUGCCUAUUACUAGACAACCCAUCUAUGUCAAGAUCAGUAUUGCUGUAGCUUCACUUAUGGUAAUGGUUGGUUUCAUAUCUGGAACUUUGUCGAUUUCAACGUUUCAAUGGAGAGCAUAUCAAAAAGUUGUUUGUGGCAUUUAUCCUUUUUUAUCAUCGGUCACAUCGAUUUUGGCUUUAUUUGCAUUGAAUUUCAAAUUGUGGUUUCUCAUUCUUGCACAAGCGUCAAUCAUUACUGCUCGACCUUUUCUCAUGUUUAAUUGCAUUUCAACUGAAUUUACUCUUCGAAUCUUCUUAGCUACGACGGAUCGGCCUCAUGCCUGUGUAGCUAUGGAAUGGCUUGCUACAGUUAUUCUUGAUGCCAAUUUUAAUUUAGUCAAAAGUAAAAAACUCGCUAAAGUAUAUGUUUUUAUUAUUCCUCAAUUUAUAUCUGUUUCUCUUGUACAUGAUCGGAUUCAUCGUGACCUUAUUAAUGAUGCAGAGGAGAGUAGAACAUGGUGUCUCAUUAUUUUAACGUCAACUGUUAAAGGCGACAAUUCAUUUACUAACAUUUCUCACUUCAUUGCUCUAUUUACAAUCAAAUUUGUCUCAACUGUUGGUAUUAUUCUCCCCAUCGUAAGGAAAUGUGCAAAAACAGCCAAGAACAAUAUGGAAAACAUAAAAAUCUGA